GUGGGAGCAGCCGCCAUGGAGGAGCCCGCGGCGCACAACGGCAGCGCCGCCGGGGCCGCGCCCGGGGCCGGGACCCCCGCCCGCCCGCCCGCCACCCCCGAGGGCAUGGCGCUGGCCUACGGCAGCCUCGUCCUCAUGGCGCUGCUGCCCAUCUUCUUCGGGGCGCUGCGCUCCGUCAGCUGCGCCAAGAGCAAGAACUCCUCGGAGAUGCCAGAGACCAUUACCAGCCGAGAUGCUGCUCGCUUUCCCAUUGUUGCCAGCUGCACCCUCCUGGGGCUCUACCUCUUCUUUAAAAUAUUCUCUCAAGAGUACAUCAAUCUUCUGCUUUCCAUGUAUUUCUUUGUGCUGGGGAUCCUGGCCCUUUCCCACACUAUCAGCCCCAUGAUGAACAGAUUCUUCCCUGCAAAUUUCCCCAACAAACAGUACCAGCUCCUCUUCACCCAGGGCUCCGGGGAGAGCAAGGAGGAAAUAGUGAAUUACGAGUUUGACACCAAGGAUCUUGUGUGCCUGGCCUUGAGCAGUGUUGUGGGGGUCUGGUACCUGCUGAGAAAGCACUGGAUUGCCAACAAUCUCUUCGGGCUGGCGUUCUCCCUCAACGGGGUGGAGCUGCUGCACCUGAACAAUGUCAGCACUGGCUGCAUCUUGCUUGGGGGCCUCUUCAUCUACGAUGUGUUCUGGGUCUUUGGCACCAACGUGAUGGUGACAGUUGCCAAAUCAUUUGAGGCCCCAAUAAAACUGGUUUUCCCUCAGGACCUGCUGGAGAAGGGGCUGGACGCCGACAACUUCGCUAUGCUGGGACUGGGAGACAUCGUCAUUCCAGGGAUCUUCAUUGCCUUGCUGCUGCGGUUUGAUAUCAGCCUGAAGAAGAACACGCACACGUAUUUCUACACCAGCUUUGUGGCCUACAUCUUUGGGCUGGGCCUCACCAUAUUCAUCAUGCACAUCUUCAAGCAUGCCCAGCCUGCGCUGCUGUACCUGGUCCCUGCCUGCAUUGGAUUCCCGCUUCUCGUGGCCUUGGCAAAGGGAGAAGUAACCGAAAUGUUCAGCUAUGAAUCCUCUGCUGAAAUCUUGCCUCACACACCAAGACUCACCCACUUCCCCACGGUGUCUGGCUCGCCGGCCAGCCUGGCUGAUUCCAUGCAGCAGAAACUGUCCUGUCCCCGCCGACGCCGGCAGCAGAGCCCUAGUGCCAUGUAGCCACUGCCGCCGGGGCCCCUUGUCUGUCGCUCUGGCCAGGUAGGGGCAGGCCCUGGCUCUCCCUGGCCCAAGCUCUCCCUGUUCCCAGCUCUCCUCACUCCGUGGGCAGAGGCUGGAGCUGUUGCUGUAUUGCUGUGGGCCAGUUUCUCUCCCACUCUGAGAGACGACACUGGGAAGAGCAUGAUUUGAUAUCCCAGAUCUUGUCCUUAGAGCAGCAUUCUCAUUUCCUUAGCCAGAGCCCUGGGGCCACUGCUGGAGGGGAUUUGCAGCCAGAGGAGUGAGACCCUGUGAGGGAACACUGCUGUUGGUCUUGCUGCAGUUCCCCUGUUAACUGGCCCCACUGGCACCAGUGCUCAGCCAAGGAAAGCAUGUGCUAUCCAGGAUAUCCAAUAGUGAACAAGGGAACAAGGGUAGAUCCCCGGGCACAGAGCUGACCCCUGGCUGGGUCCGCCCUAUCCUUUGAGAUGUCCGGGGGAGAUGCAUCCCUCAUCUCCCUGCCUGGGUUCUGCCCCAUGGGGCUUCCUGUGCUGGGGGCUGAUGGCUGGAGCCCACCUUGUCCUCAACAACAGCAGGGCAGAACCAAGGCCACAGGCUGGGCUGUCCCCAGGUGGCACAGGGCUCUGUCUCCAGG